UUGACAGAUGUAGGUUAUGUUGUGACAGGGGGAAUUUAUAGUUUAUUUUUUGUUAUUUAUGAAAACAAAAGUUUAAAAAAAUGACAGGCAGAGCAAAAAAUGUAACCACUCGAAUUGAAGUUGAUAUCGAAAAAAACAGAGAAGAAGGUAAUUGGUUAAAGGUCAUAGAAUUAGCAGAACAACUUAAGGAAAAAUCACCAGAACUGGUAUGUCUCGCAGAUUUUUUAAUAGGGGAAGGCAAAUUAGAGAAUUACUUGGAGGAAUGGCCCCCAGUUGAAGCCAACAUAGACAGGGCAAAAAUUGGCCUAAUUGAUGCGAAAAGAUACUUAACAUUGGUUAUCAACGAUGCGGGUAAACAGGCAGGCGUCGCAAUGGACGCCCAUCUUCUCUUGGGCAAACUCCACUACGCCUCCGGCCAGUACUCCGUGGCCCUCAAACACUUCAAAUCGGCUGAACUUCACAAUCUCUCUCAGAAAAAGCUACCACUUCGCAGUUUACGCAUCGUUGCCGAAUCGUACGCCGUUAAUGGUCUGUGUCUCCAAAGAGACACAACCUCGACCAGCAAAUUCAAGAAAGCUGAAAAAGAAGAAGAAAUGUCAAAAUGUUUCAGUCUCGCCUCCGACUUGAGUCUCCUCUACAUGCAAAAACUCGAAAAAGAGCCAACCGGAACGUUAAGCACCACGGGGACACACUCCCCCCAGCCCCCUCCCUCACACAAAUCCCUCGGUGUCAUCCUGGAACAAGCCAUUCAGGAGGGACCGACCCUAUCUUUGCACCUGGGCAAACCUCAAGAGGCUCUAGAACGGUACAGAGCCUUUUUGUGUGCUGUUGAGACACACGGGGGGCACGCGAUUCGCUUGAAAUUCAUGUGCCAAAUGGCAGAGUUGAUUUUACAGGUGUUAGUGGGGGAUAAAUACGCGCCACCGCUCAGUUCGCUACCUAAACCUGCCAUUUGGAAACCCAAAUAUUACGCAUCGUUAAACCAGUUUGUUCCAAGAAAUGAAUGCGAGGAAACACUUUUGUUAUUACUGAUUGCUGAAUCUAUGGCUGUUAGAAAUGCGGUUUUAUCGCAAUCGCCGGAGUUUAAAGAAGUUAGGUUGAGUGCGUAUCAAGACGCGACAAGGGUUUACGAUUUGUUGACCGUGGCCACGGUCAGAUGGGGGCAAAUAACAUUACUUCAAGAAUCUUUGGAACGCUCCAUGAAAUUUUCCUUUGAAGAACCCCAUUUGUGGAAACAACAUGGUCUUAGUCUCCUGGCCACCGGUCGCUACGUUCAUGCUUUAGCCGUUCUCAAGGAAGUCAUCCGUCUUGAACCUAACAACUCUAGCAACUGUUUACUAGCGGCAAAAAUUUGUUACGAACACUUAAAUCUAGCCGUAGAAGGCACCAAUUUCAGUAUAGAGGCUAAGAAGAAAGAUAUGCAAUGUAAUUCGGGUUUGCUCGGCCGUUGUUACCUUUACAUAGGCAUAGGUUAUUAUUUACAAGCAGAAUCUUGUUUUCUGAAAAAAGAUAAAGAAGACUUGAUGAAUCGAGCUUUAGACAAUUUCAAAAACGCUGUUGAUAUCGAACCAAACGAUCAUUUAUGUCACUAUUACCUAGGCCUUCAGUUGGCGGUCCUAGGUAAGAUUGGUGAAGCCCAAAACCACGUCAGAAUAUCCCUAGACUUACGAUCGGAAAGUUCAUCCACGUUACACCUUUUAGUGUUACUUCUAACCGCGGAAAGGGAGCACAGAAACGCUUUAACUAUUGUCGAAAACGCCCUUGAAGAGUACCCUGACUGUCUUAAUUUAAUGUACGUCAAAGCCCACCUAGAGCUCCACGAAGAAGGGGGUGAGAAGGCUCUAACAACAGCCAAGCAAAUGCUAGAGCUGUGGAAAAACCUCUAUGAAGGUCAAUUAAAUUCCGACGUUCCCGAAUGUGACCGAAAAAGCGAUACACGUUCAGUCUUCCAGUUAUACACGUCUGAAAUGUCCGACCGAGAUUCGAGUUCUUUACAGUUGCACAACACUGCGGCUUCAAGGGUCGAGCAAGCCUUAAGUGAGGUAGCGAGUUCGUUGAGUAGUUUUAGUCCGCGGCCUGGCCCACAGAGGGCGUGGAUGUUGCAAGUUGAGGUGUGGUUGUUGUUGGCAGAACUGUACUUAGCGUUGGAUCAACCUACCGAUGUGCAACAAUGCAUACAAGAAGCCACGCAGAUAUAUCCGUUAAGUCACCACAUAAUGCAUAUGAAAGGGCUGUUGCAUAUGCAUAAGCAAGAGUGGCCUGAGGCAAAAUUGUGCUUCCAAAAUGCUGUCGCAAUUAAUCCACAGCAUGUCAAAUCACUACAAGAGUUGGGGUUGGUUUAUCACUAUUUAGGGUUGCAGGGAUUGGCUGAAACGACCUUUAGGGAGGCUGCGAAAAUUGAUCCCAAAAAUCACAUCACUUGGUACAAUUUAGGUAAGGUGUUGGAGGCGUUAGGCGAGUAUGAGAAAGCGAGCAAUGCAAUGGCGACAGCCCUCAUGCAGGAAAAAAAUAAUCCGAUACUUCCUUUCAAUUCAGUUCCUCUUUGUUUUGAAUGAAAUGCGUUGUUAUAUUGUUAUUUUUGUUGUUACGUAAAUAAUGGUGAUUGUACUUAACUGUGUUAUAGGUUAAUUUGUACAAUUUUAAUCGUUGAUGUUUGUGGAUGUAAUAAUUAAUGUGAUAGAAGAACGAUACAGUAAUUUAAUUUUCGAACGGGGUUUUAAGGUUGUUGUUAGUUUGCGUAAUUAAGAGUAGAAACGAGUGGUGGCGCUACGAUUCACCUAGAUAUAGUAUUUACACUCUAAAACAAUACUUAAAAUUCCGAUUGAGAAACAAGUAUACAAUAAAAAUUGUUUUAAAUUGUAGAAAGUUACUCAUAUGAUGGAAAGAUAUUAUAAGAGAUUAAAACAAUAAUAUUGUUUUAUAUUUUA